UGUGAGUAGGACUGCGAACAUCAAAACGCUGAAACCUACAGGCGGGGAGCUUACAAACUACUCGCUUUACAGGAACUGCUCUGGUUGUGCAGCGGGUUUCAUCAGAGCAUUUCAUUCUGAAAGAAGCACAAUCAGACUAAACGACGCGAAACGCCACGGCUAUAGUGAAAAGCUUCACUUCUGAGGAGUGUAUGUCUCAAACGUUAAGUUUUUAGAAUACGUAUCAGAAGUAGCUUAGACAAAUAUAUACAUAUAUUUUUUUUUUAAGAAAAUUGAGCGUGGAGUUUUCAGCUGCUGAGAUAUUAGCGCAGAACUAGGUAACACUGCGAGCAUAGGUUUUUUUUUUUUUUUUUUUAACUGUAAAAGUACAUUUCACCAGAGUAGUAUUUUCCAUUGAAUAUACGUUUUUUUUUAAUGUAGCAUUACGUAUACUGUAUAUAUAAACUUUUUAAAUCGGGUGGAUUGAAGACUACCAUUGAGUCUGUGAUGGAGCAGUGAAAUGGAGGCGCUCGGAACAUUUUGACAACAGCAGGGUCCUCUGGCAGUUUGUGAUUCUGGAAACUUGGCAGUGGCUCUUGAGUCUGCAUCCUCAAGCAACACCAACCCACUCUCCCCUACCAAGUGUCUUUGGCCAGUCUGUUUACUGACUCUCAGUACCACAGCCAUGCUACUGAAAGAAUACCGGAUCUGUAUGCCUCUCACAGUGGAGGAGUACAGGAUUGGCCAGCUGUAUACCAUCAGCAAACACAGCCACGAGGAGAGCGACAAGGGGGAAGGCGUGGAGGUGGUGCGAAACGAGCCACACAUAGACCCCGUCCAUGGAGAGGGGCAGUUCACAGAGAAGAGGGUACACUUGUCCAGUAAGCUUCCCAGCUGGGCUCGAGCUGUGGUUCCCCGCAUAUUUUAUAUCACAGAGAAGGCCUGGAACUACUAUCCUUACACAAUCACAGAAUAUACGUGCUCCUUUUUACCAAAAUUCUCUAUUCACAUAGAAACAAAAUAUGAAGACAAUUGUGGAGACAAUGAAAAUAUUUUUAAUACAGAUAAAAAUAACUCUGAACAUGAGGUGUGUUUUCUGGACAUUGCAUAUGAUGAUAUCCCAGACAGACACUACAAAAGCUCAGAGGACCUCCGGUGCUUUGCAUCUGUAAAAACAGGACGGGGACCCUUGAAAGAGGGCUGGAGAGAGAAAGACAAGCCAGUUAUGUGUUCCUACAAACUGGUCAGCAUCAAGUUUGAGGUGUGGGGGCUCCAGACCAGGGUGGAGCAGUUUGUGCACAAGGUCAUCAGUGAUAUCCUGUUAAUAGGACACCGGCAGGCCUUUGCAUGGGUGGAUGAGUGGUAUCAUAUGACCAUGGAUGAAGUGCGGAAGUAUGAGAGAGAUACACAGGAAGCCACCAACGAGAAGAUUGGUCCGGUGACGCCCACAAUCUCUGUCAGCGAGGUGUCCAAGCCGUCCACUUCUCACAGCGCCCCUUCCAGCGCUCCCUCCACCCCCGUCAACGGAGACCCUCCCGACUUCCUCAACGUGCCCAAAGACCGGCCGCGCAAGAAAUCCGCUCCCGAAAUGCUGACCCUCCCGGAGAUGAGGGAGCGAUCACAUCCAAAGUAGAGUUCAACUGGAUAUGCCACCAAAACUUUCUCUUUUGUUUUGUAUUGCAGCAGCCAAAAACUAUAAUAAACACACACACACACACACCCCCCCCCCACACACACACAAAUGUUUGAAUAUUGAACCCUAAGGGGUUUUAUUUUGUAAACCACCUAUCAGUCAGGGGGUUCAUUUUAAGAUACAGGAUGACAGUUAUGCAUAGCAGACUUUUUUUUGUUUUAUUUUUGUGAAAUAUUACUGGGCACAGGUGCUAAAUUCGUAAAGGUAUCACUAAUCACUUGAGUGAAGAGAGUAGCACUUUCUGAUCAGAGGUUAAAAUUCGGAUUCUGACUCUAUGCUUAUUAAGGUGCAGCAUGAUAGCGCCAGAGAGCCAAGAAUAGUUCUAGUUGUGUGUUCAUUAUUGAUAAAUGGUACACAGGACUGAAGAAUAUUUCAAAGGAUUUUGGAGGUGCAUGGCGGUAGUACUAAAAAGCUCAGGAAGAGGCUAUGUGAAGAUCAUCUUCUCAUUUACAAGAUUCUCCUUUAUGCACGGCCCAGUCUCGUACUUCUAUCCCUUUUAAAAAUAAGCUGUUUCAGUCACUGGAAUAAAACCAGUUGGUCAACUUCUAAUCCUUCCAGGAGGAUUCCAUUUCAGGUGGGAACAGUUAACGUCGCUGAAACAUGUCUUUUCCUUGAAGACUGUGCCACCAUUGAGGUUGGAAGUACUGGUUUUGCCCAUUGUAUCAUGUAUUUUCUCAGAAGACUGAAUUACAUUUCAAAGAAGCAAGACAAACUCUCAUCAGAAAAAAUAAAAAAAAAGUAUCUUGUUGCAAAAUCUUGUUACGCUAACUAGCAUGUAAUGAUGCCAUAAGAAAUGCACCGCUUUUAACUUUGCUGGUUAAGAUUUUUUGUUUGUUUGUUUCCUGUAAUUCCAAGCAUUUAUGAAGCUUUUUGUAUGUUUUUUUAUAAACAUCUUGCAUUUAUUUUAAUGCUUUCCAGGUGUAAUUUGCUCUUCAGCCUGUGUAUUUUUGAUUUAUUUUUUAUUUAGAAGUAAUCAGCAGUCCUGCAUCAUAGUGUAGUUUGCUUGUAACCUGCUGUACAUGCAUAUUAGGAGUACAAGAACAUUUCGCAAAUGUUCUUUGUCAUCUUGCGAUACAUUGUUGGCAGAGAUACAGGCUCUGUAAUGCUAGUUUAAAGUGAUACAUCUCCCUACAGAAUGUGUGAUGUGGAGUGUCAGUUACUGGAUCAAAAAUUUAACUGAAUAAAGUCAAUCCUCUCUUAUGCAACAAACUCAAGACUUUUAUCGGUUAAGGCACCCUAUACAAAAAAUGCAUUUUCUACCAACAUUUGACUAAUUUUCCCCAGUCUGUUGGGUAGACAAAGAAUAGUAAACAUCACUUUUAAAUAAUCUUGGAUCUGUUGUUCAUUUAAAAUGCAUGCGACUUGAUAGACGCUGUAUCGCAGUAAACUGAAGCUCUAUAAUGAAGUGAUUUAUCUUCUCUCAUUCUUGUCUACCAUCUAAAUGUUUGUUCUAAUAGGAAAUAAAGCUCUUGCUAAGUCACUUUAGAAGUCUGCCUUACACUGAACGGUUGUCCAAAUACUAUGCUAUUUUCAUUCUAAUUAUAUUGUUGGGAGCAUAGCUAAGAGAAUGUGCUUUCUAAUGAGAAUGAUAUUGAAAUAGAAUUAUAUGGACCACAACUAGAAUGUAACCAGUUCCGUACUAUGAAGGGAAAUUACUGACAUAGUCUCUCUCUCUCUCUCUCUCUCUCUCUCUCUCUCUCUCUCUCUCUCU